AUGUUCAGCUGCCUCGAGGUCCGUAACAACCAGUUGAGAACUUUGCUUCUAAUCACGAUCUGCUGCUUGUUGCUGCUCUCGUACCACGUCUCCUCUUCCCCUACACCGGUUCGCGGAGAUGAGAACGACAAGAUGCUCAAAUCGUUCGAAUUUACCGUAGCCGGACCAGACUACGUUCCCCCCUCACAUCAUGUUGAACCAAUUCCAGCGCCGAGGAGUCCCGAGACUGGGUCUGCCUCCUCUUCUGCAAGCGAUGGCGAGAGUGAUUGGGUGGAGCCUGCCAGUCCAGUCAGUCCGAGAAACUCAGACGGCGAAUAUGAAAUGCCCCCUUACCAACGGUCAUUGCACGUCAUCCCGGCAGAAGGGCAUCCUUUGUAUCCCGGACAUCUUAUGGUCGAUCCAUGGAUACUGAGGGCUGCAUGGAAGGAGCGCAGGUUCAGCCAAUCGCCGAUAGCAGACAUGCAAGUUCAUCCGGUUCCCUUAACUCCGGGCUCUCUCGUCGAGUCCCGUGCCAUUCAGCUGCUUCAAGAACAUAGCACCAGCAUUGCAACUUUCGCGCUGCAAAACGGUCAGGGACAGGGUCGAAGUUCGGUGAUACCUGGCAGCGAAAAGACUUUUGGACGCCGAUUCCUGAUGACACCAGCUCCAGUCACUCGAGAAUGGCUGCAGAUGCUAGGAUUGCAGCCUCAAAGAGCAGGGGGUCGUGUGCAGCCAAUGCUGUUUUUCGAGCUCAACUCUCGAGCAAAAGCCGCUCAUGAUUAUAUCAAGCUGCUGGGUGCAGCAGUCAUGAGACCAGGACCAUCAUCUGAGGAAUUUGGUAGGACGUGGAGCACGGGUAACCGCAUCUUUACCUUGAACGAGAUCAUUGACGACGCUCACCAAGUUGAAUGGCUACGCAAGACUCGGCUGCCCUAG